AUGGCUACCUACGCUCUGUCUGAGUCCCACAAGGAGUUGAUGGAAGUCCACCUUGCGGACUUUGAUCCUGAGAUUGCUGAGAUCAUCAAAAAAGAAAUCCAGCGCCAACGCGAGUCCAUCCUUCUCAUUGCCUCUGAGAACGUCACCUCUCGCGCCGUCUUCGAUGCCCUCGGCACCCCAAUGUCCAACAAGUACUCUGAGGGAUACCCCGGAGCUCGCUACUAUGGUGGCAACCAGCACAUUGAUGCCGUCGAAUUGACCUGCCAGGCCCGUGCCUUGAAGGUCUUCAACCUCGAUCCCGAGAAGUGGGGUGUCAAUGUCCAGACUCUUUCCGGUUCGCCUGCCAACUUGCAGGUCUACCAGGCUCUCAUGAAGCCUCAUGACCGUUUGAUGGGUCUCGAUUUGCCUCAUGGCGGUCACUUGAGUCACGGAUACCAGACCCCCCAGCGCAAGAUCUCCGCUGUCUCUACCUACUUUGAGACCUUCCCUUACCGCGUCAACUCCGAGACCGGUAUCAUCGACUACGACACCUUGGAGGCCAACGCUCAAUUGUACCGCCCCAAGAUCCUUGUUGCUGGUACCUCCGCCUACUGCCGCUUGAUCGACUACGCUCGUAUGCGCAAGAUCGCCGACUCCGUUGGUGCCUACUUGGUUGUCGACAUGGCUCACAUUUCCGGUCUCAUUGCUGCCGGCGUUAUUCCUUCUCCCUUUGAGUACGCCGAUGUUGUUACCACCACCACCCACAAGUCCCUCCGUGGACCCCGUGGUGCCAUGAUCUUCUUCCGCAAGGGUGUGCGUAGCACCGACCCCAAGACCGGCAAGGAGAUCCUCUACGAUCUCGAAGGACCCAUCAACUUCUCCGUUUUCCCCGGUCACCAGGGCGGUCCUCACAACCACACCAUCACCGCUUUGGCCGUCGCCCUCAAGCAAGCUUCCACCCCCGAAUUCCGUCAAUACCAGGAACAAACCAUCAAGAACGCCAAGGCUCUCGAGGUUGCUUUCAAGGAGUACGGAUACAAGCUCGUCGCCGACGGCACCGACAGUCACAUGGUCCUCGUCGACUUGCGCCCCAAUGGCAUUGACGGUGCCCGCGUUGAAACCGUCUUGGAACAGAUCAACAUUGCAUGCAACAAGAACGCCGUGCCCGGCGACAAAUCCGCUCUCAGCCCCGGUGGUAUCCGUGUCGGUGCCCCUGCCAUGACUACCCGUGGUCUUGGAGAGGAGGACUUCAAGCGUGUUGUUGGAUACAUUGACCAGGCCAUCAAGAUCAGCAAGAGCAUCCAGGCUAGUUUGCCCAAGGAGGCUAACAAGCUCAAGGAUUUCAAGGCCAAGGCUUCCAGCGAGACUAUCCCUGAGAUUCUCAAUCUGCGUAAGGAGAUUUCUGCUUGGGCCAGCACCUUCCCUCUCCCAGUUUAA